AUGGGCGGGAGCGGCGGGAAGGGGCCGGAGCGGCGGCAGGGACCGGAAUGGGGCCGGAGCGCGGGAGGCGGGGCCGGGAGAUGGGCCGGGCGGCGGGGAAGGGCACGCGGCGCGGGUGACCGGGAGAUGGGGCGGGAGGGGGAGGCGCGGGCCGGCGGGUGGCGGGGAGCGUUGUCGGAGAGGGAGUCCGGCCGGGAGAUGGGCGGAGAGGCGGGUCAAGGCGGCGGCGGUGAGGAGAGCAAGGGGCCGGGCGGUGGGGGCGAGCCGGGGGUGAUGGGAUGGGUAGAUGGCCCUGACGGAGCGCGGUUGCGCGCCAAGCGUCGGAAUGGGGGCCGAGCUGGCGGGGGGGAGGGUCGGGAAUUUUCGGCCAGGAGGCGGGUGGAGGACCGGAGGGCGGCGGAGGGUAGGACGGGAGGGCAGCUAGCGGAGGGUGUGCGAGGACCGGGAGAUGGGGCCGGCAGCGGCGGGGGAGGGACGGAGAUGGCCCUAGGGAGGCGGGGUGGGCAGGACGCGGAUGAGGGCGGACGGAGGGCCCGCGGAGGCGGCCACUAA